CCCAGAGUGCAGUGGGAAAUAUGCAAUAAAAAUAGGAAACGCUGAAAUGAAAACGAAGUUGGCCAAAAAACUAACUAGGUACGUGACAAACGGAAGAAGAAUCGUCACACAGAGAAAGCCGAGAAAAAUCAGUCAAAAUGCCAGACAAAUUGAAUGAGAACAUUCUGUGGUCGACGUUAGUGCAGAUCACAACGGAAAACUGAAGCUCCAAGUUGGAAAACGAAAGUGUUUUUGGUAUUUAGUUUAUAUAUUUUUUGCAAGUCUUAGAAUAUUUUAAUGUGUUGAACGAAAUGGCAAUGCUUAUGAGCUGGAGGCAACUUUGGCUGUUGUUGCUUCUGGUAGCAGGUCUCACCUUGGGACUUCCUAAUUUGGAAAAUCGGACGCAUGACCAGAUUGAGCAGAUAAUAGCUUGUAGACAGCCAAAGGCACCUGGCCUUUGUCGAGGUCGCCAACUGCGAUAUGCCUACAACAAGCAGACCGGAAACUGCGAGAGCUUCUACUACACGGGUUGCGCCUCCACUGAGAACAAUUUCCUCACCUUCGAGGAGUGUCGCAGGGACUGCAUGCAACGUCUGCGCUACUAAGAACCACUUUAACUAUGCUUAAAAUAUAUUUAUUCUUAAA